CUUUGAACUGAAAACACUUAAUUUCCUGCACUGGAUUUAAGAAACCACAAAUUCUUGCUCCAUAUGAGGAAGAAAAUUUUGAAAGCACCUUGUCUCCUCUUGAGUGUGUUCACAACUUUGAAUCUGUGCUCUGGAAAAUUUGGGACACCGAUAACUGAUGAUGUGAGCAAGCUGACGUUAUUGAAACAGAAUAUCCCCUCUGAUUAUGAGAUUCCUGUUAGUUUCAUCCCCAAAGAAGUGGCUGGCACGUGUUGGGUGGUGUUGAAUAUCUAUCCUUUGGAGCAAAGUCUUCGCAAGCUGGCGAACAUGUUUGGUGCCAUCUCCUCCAAUAAAGAGAACAUAAUUGUCUUCAUUGCCAUGCUGAAGAGUUUACGCUUCACUUUUGACCAUGAGGAACUGGAAACAGCAAUGCAAGUCUUCCAGUGUCACUACCAAGAAGGCAGCUUUAUGUCUGGUCUUUACUUUGACUACAUUAAAGACGUCCUACACGCCGCUUCUCAGGGAACAUCCGGCUUCUCAUGUAAGCCGCCACCGUGCCUUAAUCCCCAACAAACUCCAGGCGGUCAGAAGAAGGGGCGCGAAUACAGCUGGUGGAAUAGAACUCCUUUGCUCCUGGCUCUCAUCCCCUUCACAGCUUGUGUCGUUAUGUUAGUGUGGCUGGUCAAAUCUGGAAGGCAUAGACCGGUCUGCCGCACUGAAAAUAGCCCAAUGGCACCUCCUGACCAGAUCCCUAGUGUGUCUGUCUCCAUCCCACUUCAAACAUUCACCCACGCCGCUGACUCUCAGCCAGCGGGGGAGGUGAUCCCAGAACACGAGAGUGGAUGAGCUUUGAUUAAUAACAAAGAGAAAUCUCUAACGCGGUGGUGUUAACAUGCUGCACGUUGUUCAAGAUCCAAGUGUGGUGCGACACUCUUCUUCUGCUUUCUCUUACCUGAGUGCAUGGACUCAAGCUACGAGGGAAAUCUCAUCUGGUGUAAAGGCAGGUGGUAUACUGAAUUCUUCUAGCACGACCAUCCUAAGAGGUUUGUGGGACCAGAGGAAGAACUCUUGACAUCAUGGCUGGUUUAUCUGCAGUAGAUGGUGUCAUCUUGGUCAGUAGGUUUAUUUUUGCAGUCCUGCGUCUCUACGUAUUUGUCAUUCAGGGUGCUGUGUGCCAAUUAAAACUUUUGUUCAAGUCUCAACAUAAAAUGGUCCUACACUGUCUGAAACCCUUCAUUUUGAGAUGCAACCCUUUAUACCAACUGGUUAGCUGUGUCUCAGUGGUUACAGAUGGUUCUUUGACGGCUGUAUUAGGAAUCUUUCAGAGUUAAUGCAGAGAAGUACAUUUCUAUUGAUACAGCAGAACUACAUCCAAAUUUGGAGGCUAACUGAAGAAGCGCCAGCCGCUCUUCUGCAUUCUGUCUUCUGCAUCAAUUUGAUCUGUGAUCUGUCACCAGAUCCAAACCUGCUAGUUGCAAACAACACGCCGAGAAGUUCAACAAGCGACCUACUUUAUGUAUCAAAGAUCAGACCAGAUGGCAGAUAGCCAUGGCCGGAGGCACUUUGAAUCCCCUCAUUGUAUUUCAAAGCUGUUGCCCAGUGAUCUAUAGCUGCUGCACAGGCCACAGUGAGUGUGUUAGAGUUUUUAAUGCCUCAUUCACUGAGUCAAUCAUGUUCAGUCAUGAGAACAUGACUCCU